AUGGGCUUGGGAGUUGAGGCAGCUGUGGAUGAGCUCCCCCUGGAACAGCACAACCUUUCCUCACCCUCCGUGGGGCUCGUGCUGGAGACGAGCACCGUGCUCAGCACUGCACCCGAGGCCUUCACAGAGCCUGCCCCGCGGUCUCAGGCCAGUGGGUCUCUCCCCGUUCCCUCCUCUUCAUCUGCCGUUGCUUUCGACACCCCCUUUUUAAACUAUGGUCUGCAGAGCCCCAGUGCGGCAGACCACAGCAUCUUUGCGGCCAAUUAUGGCUCGGUGACGAGUAACGAGAUCGCCUUCGAUGAUGAGGAGAUGGACAACUGCCUGCCGGAGGCCCCCUGGACCACUUCACAGAUGGAUUUCCCAGCGCCAGAUAUCACCCUCAGCCCCCGAGAGCUGCCCCGGGAAACGCCUGAGCCGAGCCUCACUCCAUCCAUCCCCACCGUGUCUUUGCUGGAUGAAGUGACUUCAGCCUGGCAGAACACCCAGCAGCCAUCGCCGCCGGCAUCUGCCGAGUCCCCCAGUCACGUCAACACUUUCGGGUCAGCUUUUCCCACCUCCAAGGGCUUCGUGCCAACUCCUAGUAGGAAUGUGGUGCUUUACCCUACUACUGAAAUUCACAGCCAGUUAUCAAGUAGGACUUUGCCAGAAUUCUCAGCUUCAGUCAUGGAGGAGGCAGAGACUCUGCUUUUUAGCUCUCUGUCUUUGAUGCCUCAGCCGUUAGGCGAUGGCAUGACUCAACAGCCAUCUGUCCCCUUGGGGGAGGCCUCACCGCCUCUAGAAGAUGUCCCGGCCACAAGCACAGAUCGGUACCCUGAGGGGACCCCUGUUUGGAGUCAGCGUCUAGAAGAAACCACCCUCCCAAGGGUGUACCCCACUGUAACUGUGUUGCGCACAGACCCCGCCUCCACCAGCACGCCUUUUGCUUUAUCUUCAGAUUCUCUGGUAUUUGUGUCCUCUGCCAGCCAAUCAGCAGAUGUGUCACGCCACCCCUUCCCACCGAGCCAUGCCGGUGACGCGUCCGAACUGCCUGGCGGUUCUGCGGUCUCCCCUUGUGCGGGUGACGCAUGUGGCUCGAGCCCGGCGGCCGCUCUCCGAGUGCACACUUGGUGCACGUCUUGUGCUGAGAUGUCACCUCGGCCGGUUCCGGCCACGAGUCUUACGGAGAAAGACAUAGGGUCAGGGGACGAGCCUGAGACGCUGACCACGGCCACGGCCGACAGAAGCCACUCUCCGUGGAGCCGUGUGGGCAUAGAGCUCUCCACAUUUGAAGAAAAUCCCCGAGGAUUGAAUACGCUUUUCCCCUCCAGGCCUGUUCUGCCCCUUUCUUCCAGAUUUGUGGAGCUCUUUGACGCAAGCUCUGGCAUGUCAGCUAGGAUGGACGUGGCCAGUGUUACCACCACCCAGGGGUCCCCUUUCCGUGAACACCUCUCCCUGUCCGUGUCACCCGAUCCUGCUUUGGACUCCUCCUCUGCCACCUGGGCCCAAGAGACGCUAGUCAGUGUGACUUCUGUGUUUCCCUCAGUGGCCCCGAGUAUUUCCCUUGACUCAUUUUUCUCGGUCACAUCCAACCAAAACAUGCCAUCAGAUGCUGGCAGAGACCCAACCUCUCUGACCUCUUCUUCCAGUGUGGUUGGCUUAGUAGAGUCUACACAUGUGUUUGACCAAGAAUCUACCCGUGUUUUUGAGCACGGAUUGGGCUUUUAUUCAACCCCACCCCUGGAGCUCAGCAGCCCAGGUCCUUCGCCUUCAGAGGGUCUGGCUUCCCCCUCUGGGAGAUCAAGGGAUCUGCCCACCUUCCUUUCCCAGCCCUUCCCCACCCAGGUUGAGACCCUUACCUUGUCCGAAUCUGUCAACUCACAGUCAUCUCCACUUUCUGUUCCGAAUUCCUCAAGCCUGGAGUCUCCUCAGCCCUGGCCAAGUUCUGAGCUGGCUUUCGACACCGUCACUUUUCUUUGGAACCUCUCUGCCAGGUGGCCAUUACUCUCAAGCUCCCCCUUGGACUCUCUCCAGUUCACCAAAGCAUCGACCAAUUCACCAGUGGAUUCAGAUGCUCAUUUUACCUCAGCUUUUACUGAAACUACCUCCACUUCUGCGUUUCCCCUCACUCCCCACGAAUCUGAACUCAUCACACUGGUGCCCGCCGGCUCUGAGCCCAUUCUCGACACCUCCUCUGCCGAGACUCACUCUCAGUCUGUGUCUCCUGCUUCCCCUUGGACACCCAUCUUAAUGGCGUCCUUUCUGUCCUCAACUCUGACACCUUCCAAGAGCCAUAUCCAUGUUACUGAUGCGCACACAUCUCUCUCCGCCCCCUUCUCCACAGUCAUUCCCAGCAGUACAGAGCUGUUGACCCACGUGUCCCUAUCAUCUGUCUCCUCAUUGGUUUCUGAGGCGAGCCCCUCCCCUCUGCCCACAGAGCCAAUCCCAGUGCACCCAUCCUCCACGCCCGCAGAUUUCUCACCGAGUCCCUCCCCUGCGCCCAGCACUCCCAGUACCACUGUUGCUACAGAGGAGGCAGCCGACACCGGCCUGCAGAGCCAUCCUGUAAGCGAGACCCCCGAGGGGAGCAGUGCGGCCCCUCCUCUGCCAUCCCUUGGUCCCGGGACCACCUCCAUACCUGAAGCGACAGUUGGGACUCCAGCACUGGUCACCACCAGGCCGCCAUACGUGUGCGACAUUACUGUUCCGGACGCUUACUUGAUCACGACUGUGCUGGCCCGCAGAGCGGUGCAGGAGUACAUCAUCACGUCGAUUAAGGAAGUGUUGAGGAUCCACUUCAGCCGGGCGGUGGAGCUGAAGGUGUAUGAACUGUUUCCUGACUUCACAUUUCUGGUAACGUCUGGCCCUUUUGUUUACACGGCAAUAUCAGUCAUCAACGUUCUCAUCAACAGUAAACUAGUCCGAGACCAGACCCCUUUAAUCCUGUCCGUGAGACCUUCCUUCCUCGUGCCGGAGCCCAGGCUCCAGGUUCAAACAGUGCUGCAGUUUGUGCCUCUAAGUGUGGAUACUGGUUUCUGCAACUUCACCCAGCGCAUUGAGAAGGGUCUGAUGACAGCCCUCUACGAAGUGAGGAAACAUCACUCAGCCACCUACAACCUCACGGUGCAGAUCUUGAAUGUGACUGUCAGCUCUUCGAGGGUGGCCCCUCGGCGGGGCCCUGUGAAUAUUAUCUUUGCUGUUAGAGGCGCACAAGGAUUUUUGAAUGGGUCGGAGGUGAGCGAGCUGCUCCGGAACCUGAGUGUGGUGGAAUUCAGCUUCUACCUGGGGUACCCGGUGCUGCAGAUUGCAGAGCCUUUCCAGUACCCGCAGCUCAACUUGUCUCAGCUAUUGAAGUCUUCUUGGGUCAGAACAGUCCUCCUGGGUGUGGUGGAGAAGCAGCUCCAGAACGAAGUGUUUCCGGCUGAGAUGGAGCGCAAGCUGGCCCAGCUGCUGAGCGAGGUGCCCACGGGAAGGCGUGUGUGGAGGAGGGCCACGGUGGCUGCUGGGAACAGCGUGGUGCAGGUGGUGAACGUGUCCAGGCUGGAGGGAGAGGACAACCCGGUGCAGCUCAUCUACUUCGUGGAGGAUCAAGACGGAGAGCGACUCAGUGCCGUCAAGUCUUCAGAUCUGAUCAACAAGAUAGACCUUCAGAGAGCAGCCAUUAUCCUGGGGUACCGCAUUCAAGGAGCAAUUGCCCAGCCUGUAGACAGGGUGAAGAAGCUGUCCCCUGAGUCUCAGAGCAACAACCUGUGGGUCAUCGUGGGCGUGGUCAUCCCGGUGCUGGUGGUCAUGGUGAUCGUCAUCAUCCUCUACUGGAAACUCUGCCGCACGGACAAGCUGGACUUUCAGCCUGACACUGUGGCCAACAUUCAGCAGAGGCAGAAGCUGCAGAUCCCCAGCGUGAAGGGCUUCGAUUUUGCUAAGCAGCAUCUGGGCCAGCAUAAUAAGGAUGACAUCUUGAUUAUUCACGAGCCGGCGCCGCUUCCCGGACCCGUGAAGGAGCACGCCACGCCCUCUGAAAACGGAGACGUGCCCAGCCCCAAGUCCAAGAUCCCCGCCAAGAACGCCCGCCACAGGGGAAGAGUCUCCCCCUCAGAUGCCGACUCGACGGUCAGCGAGGAGUCCAGUGAGAGGGAAGUCGGGGACAAGACGCCCGCAGCGGCCCAGGAGGGCAAGGCCCACCGAGCCCCGCAGAGCGCACCCCCGCUUCCCAGUUCGGGGACGGAGCAGCACUCCUCGGCGUCCAUCUUUGAGCACGUGGACAGGCUCUCACGCUCGUCCGAGGCCAGCCGGCGGGUCCCCAGUAAGGUGCAGCUGAUCGCCAUGCAGCCCAUCCCCGUGCCCCCGGCCCAGAACCCCGUGCUGGCCAGCCGUGUGGCCGAGACCAACAAGAUCAACAAGGAGAUCCAGACGGCGCUGCGGCACAAGUCCGAGAUCGAGCAUCACCGCAACAAGAUCCGGCUGCGCGCCAAGAGGCGCGGCCACUACGAGUUCCCGGUGGUGGACGACCUGUCCUCGGGGGACACCAAGGAGCGCCACCGCGUGUACCGCCGGGCGCAGAUGCAGAUCGACAAGAUCCUGGACCCCACGGCCAGCGUGCCGUCCGUGUUCAUCGAGCCCCGGAAGAGCUCGCGGAUAAAGCGUUCGCCCAAGCCGCGCCGGAAACACCAGGUGAACGGGUGCCCGGCGGACGCGGAGAAGGACCGGCUCAUCACCACCGACAGCGACGGCACCUACCGCCGGCCGCCCGGCGUGCACAACUCGGCCUACCUGGGCUGCCCGUCCGAUCCCGACCUCCCCGCUGAGGUGCAGACGCCGUCGUCCACUGAGCUGGGCAGGUAUCCCGGGCUGCCCUUCCCCGCCUCGCAGUACAUCCCGCCGCAGCCGUCCAUCGAGGAGGCCCGCCAGACCAUGCACUCCCUCCUGGACGACGCCUUCGCCCUCGUGGCCCCCAGCAGCCAGCCCGCCCGUGCUGCAGGCCCCGGCCCAGGCGCCCCGGCUGGCCUGCCCGUCAGCAAUACCCCGUCCCGGGAAGAAAGGCGCGCUGCCCAGUGGGCGUCCUUCUACAGCCCAGCGCAGACAGCCAACAGCCCCUGCAGUAGAUAUGAAGAGUACGGGAUGACUCCCCCGUCCGGCCCGCUGCCAAGACCGAAUUUUGGCCCUGGGUUGCUGCCGUCUUCAGAGCUGGUGGCCUCCGAGCCCCCGCAGCCUCAGGCGGCAGCCGAAGCUCCGUUCCCUGCCCGAGGGAUGUACUCUGAAGACCUGCCCUCCGUGGCCCGGCCGCGGCCUGUGGGGGGCACCACAGGCUCCCAGAUCCAGCACCUGACGCAGGUGGGGAUUGCUAGCAGAAUCGGGGCCCAGCCCGUGGAAAUCCCGCCGGGUAGAGGUGGCCAGUACAGUGGGCCAGGCUGGCCUGCCUACGGGGAGGACGAAGCGGGACGAAGAGAAGCCGUGCCAAGGACUUCGGGCAGGGAGCCCUCGGCUCCGCCCGGGAACCUCGCACCCCGGGGACUGCAGGACCCUGGGCUGGGGUACCCCACCAGCUCCACCGAGGACCUGCAGCCCGGCCACUCCUCAGCCUCCCUCAUCAAAGCGAUCCGCGAGGAGCUCCUGCGGCUCUCCCAGAAACAGAGCGCGGUGCCCAACUUCCACAGCUGAGGGCUCCCUCCGCAGGUGUGCCAAGUAUCCGCUUCCCGUGGAAGCAAGACCAGAAGGAACCCGACUGAGCGCGUGCGUGCUUGGAGCAGCACCGGGCAUCUGUCUCCGGGCCCGCUGCCCGCCCGAGGAAGGGAGCGAGGUUCAGGGCUAGAAGAUGCCAUCGGUCAUACACCAACCCCUGAGACUUGUACACUAGGUUGACAAUUUGGUGGCCACUGCGGUUCGUUCAUCAUGUGUGUACUUUUGGCCCAGAGCCAGCAGAAGUUCACAGAACACAAACCUACGCUAACAAAAAGCACGGAGGUCGUCUGCUUUGUGAAGGUGAAAGGUUAAACCAUGUCGCUGGCUCAGGGCUGAGAGGAGCCGGGCAUGUCCGUGGGCUCACAGUGUUGUGUGCGAUCGCACACUGCUGAAGACAUUUUUAUUAACCGCUUCAUUUCCUUCUUUUCCUCCAUAGGAGCUUAUUUUAAUAAUAUUAACGAGAAUACUAAGGCUGUUUGGGAAUAAAACAAAACAAGAAAAGGUACUUGUGAGAAACCAAAUGAUAGAUUGUAGAACCCGAGGAUUCCCAAUGAAGCCAUCGCCUCCAUUUGCUCUCCUCCUCCUCUUCUUUCUCCCCUUCUUCCUCCCCUUCUUCCUCUUCCUCCUCCC